UGUGCGGGCCAGGGCGACCUCUUCUUGGUUGGGGGCGAUGGGGACACGGGCCCCGCAGGGCCUCCUCCUCCUUCUCUUGCUCCGGCUGCUGCUGCCACGCGGGGCCUCAGCUGGGAACCUGCAUAGCCCAGGCCUGUCCGAGUGCUUCCAGGUGAAUGGCGCAGACUACCGCGGCCACCAGAACCGCACGGGCCCGCGCGGGGCUGGCCGCCCGUGCCUCUACUGGGACCAGACGCAGCAGCACAGCUACAGCAGCGCCAGCGACCCCCACGGCCGCUGGGGGCUGGGCGCGCACAACUUCUGUCGUAACCCAGAUGGUGAUGUGCAGCCAUGGUGCUACGUGGCCGAGACAGAGGAGGGCAUCUACUGGCGCUACUGCGAUAUCCCCACGUGUCAUAUGCCUGGGUACCUGGGCUGCUUCGUGGACUCUGGGGCACCCCCGGCCCUCAGCGGCCCCAGCGGCACCUCAACAAAGCUCACGGUCCAGGUGUGCCUUCGCUUCUGCCGCAUGAAGGGCUACCAGUUGGCGGGCGUGGAGGCUGGCUACGCCUGUUUCUGUGGCUCUGAAAGCGACCUGGCCCGGGGACGCCCGGCUCCGGCCACCGACUGUGACCAGAUCUGCUUUGGCCACCCGGGCCAGCUGUGCGGCGGCGAUGGGCGCCUGGGCAUCUACGAAGUGUCCGUGGGCUCCUGCCAGGGGAACUGGACCGCACCUCAAGGUGUCAUCUACUCCCCGGACUUCCCGGACGAGUACGGGCCGGACCGGAACUGUAGCUGGGCGCUGGGCCCUCCGGGCGCCGCGCUGGAGCUCACCUUCCGCCUCUUCGAGCUGGCGGACCCGCGCGACCAGCUGGAGCUGCGCGACGCCGCCUCAGGCAGCCUGCUCCGCGCCUUCGACGGCGCCCACCCGCCGCCGCCGGGGCCGUUGCGCCUGCGCUUCGCCGCACUGCUGCUCACCUUCCGCAGCGACGCUCGCGGCCAUGCGCAGGGCUUCGCGCUCACCUACCGCGGGCUGCAGGACGCCGACGACCCUGCGCCCCCCAAGGGCUCGGCCCAGACCCCUGCAGGGCCCCCCGACGGGGCCAACGUGAGCUGCAGCCCCCGGCCUGGGGCUCCAGAGGCCGCGAUGGGGGCCCAGGUCUUCUUGACGGUGACGGCCGUCUCAGUGCUGCUGCUGCUGCUGCUGUCGCUGCUGCGCCUGCUGCGCGGACGGAGCUGCCUGCUGGCUCCGGGUAAAGGGCCCCCAGCGUUGGGGCCUUCCCGGGACCCCGCAAGAAGCUGGGCCGUUUGGUACCGCCGGCCUCGAGGGGUCGCCCUGCCCUGUCCUCCCGGGGACCCCCAGGUUGAGAGUCUAACCGCGAGUUACCGGCCAUUGAGCGCCUCCAGCCAGAGUUCCCUGCGCUCACUCAUCUCUGCUCUCUGA